UUGUGUUGAUGUUUUUGCUUUCCCAUUUAUUUAUUCAAUAAUAUUAAAUUAUUUGCUUUAAAUUAAAAGUAAAAAAUGAGUGAAAGUGGAAAACUGGAUGUCUCAGACCGGAUGGAUACUCUCAGCAAAUCCCGACCGCCCUACAUUGGGAGAAUUCACACACAGAAACCCAUAAUUACUUAUGCCGGAGAUGUGCCCCUUUUUCGCUCUCUUGAAUCCAACAUUGCUGCCGCUGUUCCCAAUGACACCAGCGAAUGGAGGCGCUCCUACGGCAGACCAAUAAAGAAUGUCCGAAUGGAAUCAAGUUUCCGGCAAUUUGAGACUGAUUCCCUGGACAAGUACAGGAAGGGCGAAUGGAGUAUCCUGGAGCAUCCAGUUCUUCAUAUUUUCGUAACAGAGUGCAAUGACAUUGAGAUAUACAAAUCAACUGUGAAAGAAGAGAUUGAUCUCUGGCUGAAGACUCUUCAGGGCUAUGGCAUUACGGAUUGGAUGAUCCUGAUUGUGGAGACGCUGGACAUGAAGAAGACUAAGAAUAUCCUCCCCCGGACAACUGUUCUGGAUAAGAUACGCAUUGAUUUUGGCUCCAAGGCGGGAGAUCGUUGCAUAUCUGUUCUCAAUCCAAUAAAAUACGAAAUGAAAGCCACCGAGUCAUUCCGGUGCCUUCUGCAGCGUAUCCGACAUUUUAUGCUCACUGGCUACAAUCGCAACAUCACAAAGUAUGAGGAAUUAAUUAGAGCAAAUCGUGAGAAACGCAAUCACGAAGGAUGGAGCUUUGUCAAGUAUUUCCUCCUCCAGGAAGAACUAGCUUUUGUGCUGGAAAUGCUUGGACUCUACUCCGAAGCUCUCAUUCAGUAUGAUGAACUUGACGCUCUCUUUUCACAAUUUAUCCUCAAUUCCGUAUUCGGGGAGAAGCAGAAGUGGCUGGAGACGUUUGAAAAGGCAAUAAAUGCCUUUCCGGGGAUCUCAAUCAAUCGGAAAAAGAUGAUAGCUGUUCGAAAGAAAAUUGAGAAUAAUACAGCAACUCUUUUGGACUUCCGUGGAUACCUCUUUGACCAGUGCGUACUUCUACAGGCUGCGGGGAAACCAUGGGAGAUUGCUGAGCGCUUGCUUCCCUUCCUCUUCGGCACUAUCCGUGAAGUGGAUGCACUGAAGUUGGAAACUUUGGACGGUUCAAUGGCGUGCUGGGAAUUUAUUUGUGCUUUGGAAGUCCUCAAAAUAUACGAUGAGGCCAAUGAGACGAGUGAUAUUACAAAAUGCUUCCAAUACUGUGCUCCAAUAUGGGAUUUAGCCAAAGAUAAGCUAUACGAACUGGGGAAACUGUGUGGGCUCCUACCGGGGUGUAUCCCAUCGUCGGAACAACUCCACACGGUGGUUCUCCUUUCGACGGGAAUUGGAGAUGCCAUCUUGGAAGAGGAAGAUGCAAAAUCCUCGCCAAUCAGUUCAAGGGACAAAAGAAGCCAUUCGCCGAACCGGCAACCAAAGAAACCUCCAACUGAUAAACUCAAGGAAGCCCUUGGAUCCAAUGAGGCAUUUCAGAAGCUCUACCUGGAACUCAGCGAGCUGGCAAUCUCAACGUACAAGCACAUCUCCCGCCUACGGUCUGCUCGUCUCGUAGGACUUGACUUGGGGAACUUCUAUUGCACCCUCAAUGAGCCCAAUAAGGCCGUUAUCUUCUUCACAGAUCUUCUGCGAGAACUGAAGUCGGAGAAUUGGAACUACUUAGUUAGUCAGACACUCCUCGAACUGGCGAGUUGCUACAGAAAGAUGGACGAUAUAACGAGCUACACAAAAGUCUGCGCAUCAAUAUCUUGCUGCUUAGACUUGGAGAUCCUCGUGAGAACCUUCUACUUCGAUGAGUUCAUAAAAUCCCUCAAAAUGAUUGACACAGCUGCAGAGGAUUACAGUACAACAUGUUUGGCUCUACUUGAUGACCAUUUCAAGGUCUUAGAUCUAAAACUCACCAAUGAAUCUCCAAUCAUACAAGAUCACUUCAUUGUGGUGCAGCUGAAGGUGUCCAGCAACUUCCCCAAAGAAGUUAUCUGCCACAAGAUCUCCCUUUCCUUUGAUCUUGAAGGAAAAGUUGGACCACAAGUUACAACCUUGCAGCCCGUAGGCUUAGGAGUAAGACUCCCGAUGAAGCUGCAUUUGGACUACAAACAAGAUGGAACCUUGGAGAUUGCAUCGGUGGUUUGUGAGACAAAAGGGAAGCAACCCUUGAGGAGAUCAAGUAGCACACGGAGGAAAAUCUCCGCCACAACAAGAAAAGACUUUACAAAUUGUCUCUCAGCAGACAAUGUCAUCGUUAAGCCGGGAAUCAAUGUCGUUGAAUUGAGAGCUAAAGCAACUCGAAUCGGUAUGUGGAUGUUUGAACAACUAUCCAUCCAAAUCAACCCAUUGGACUUCCUGUCAGAGAAGCUUCCGGUUAAGGUGAAUCCCUUUGAAGUGUCGACAAAGCCAGCAUCGGCAGUGCUACACUUUACCAAUCUCAUUGCCGGAAUUGAGCAACCAAUCAAGCUGAUAAUUUCCUCGGGAAGUUUCGUCUUCCCAUCUGAAUCAUCCAUCACAAUGAAGUGCUCGAGAUCACUUAAAUUGAGGCUCGUGGAAGCAAAUAAGAAGGAGUUUCAGAAAGAAUUGAUUGUAACAUUGAAUAAUUUGAAGCAAUUUGAGGAGAGAACAAUACAACUUGAGGGGAUUUGUGACCUUCCUGGGAGACGAGAUGAUAAGCCAUUGGAACAGAAGGUCACUCUCCAAUGCCCCUGGUCACGAAGUGACAUUCCCAUUUCACUUUACUUCGUCCCCGCAGUAAUUGCUUCGUGUCGCCUGCACUCAACGGGCACAAGAAAAUUCCUCCAAGUAGUCAUUAAGGGUAUCUACGAUGGUAACCUCCUGCUCUCUUCGGCUCAGAUGAAGUGCUCCACAUCUGGCGUUGAGAUUGUCGAUGUAAAUCCUAAAUCUCAAAAUGAAAUUAAAAUCUACAAAAAUCUAAGCGUAUCGUACUUGUGGGAAAUCCAAAUAGAACCUCUCAAAGAGAAUAAGGAAAUACCUGUUGUCCAAGUCAACUUUAGCGUACAGUAUGCAAAGGAGGACACAAAGGACGAAAAAAGAAACUAUUCAUGCACAUUUGAUGUCACAGACUAUGCUACACUCUUUAAGAUUCAAGCUAAGGUCGAACCUUUAGAACUCUGUCGCGUAAAUACAGUUUGUAUGCUCAACUUAAAGAUUACAAAGCUUCAAGAUAAUCCCUUUACUGACCUGAUGUACGAAGUGUACGCAGAUCAAAAUAUGUGGGCUGUCUGUGGAAGAAGUGCAGGGGUAAUAUCCCUGCAGGAAAGUGAAUCGCAGACAAUUGUUCUGGAAAUCCUUCCGUUGAUUGUUGGAUUCCUCCCACUGCCCAAUAUCAGGCUCUCUAAGUACAUGCAGGCCAAUAAGAAUAAAUCAGAACUCCAUCCGAGGGUUCAAUCAUUCUCAUCUGGUCAGGUUUAUAACUCAACAAAAAGUAUGCAAGUCCAUGUACUAGCAAACAACAAUGCAGAAUAAAUAUUUACAGAGCAUAUUAAUAAGCAAA